AUGGGAACAUGUGUAUGCUACAAUUGUGGCAAAACCGGACAUGUGGUUAAAUUUUGUCCCAAGAAGCAGCAGCAACAACCAUAUCAUCAGAAUCCAGGAAAUCCCCCUAAGGGUCAAGCUAAAGUGUAUGCACUCUCAAAUCAAGAGAAGGAUCAGGAUCCUCACGUGUUGGCCGGUAAUGUCCUCAUCUUUGGAAGGUCUUCUUAUACUUUAUUUGAUUCAAGUUCCACACAUUCUUUCGUAUCUUUAAAUUUUGCAAGUAAACUUAGCACAUAUGUUGAACAUGCAAGCACUCCCUUAGAAAUAGUUAUGCCUUCAGGAGGAACAGUAAGUAUGAAUUGUGUAGUAAAAAUAGCUAAUGUAGAGAUUGGUGGACAGCUUCUACAAACAACCCUAUAUGUCUUAAAUAUGAAGGCGUUUGAUGUGAUUUUGGGAAUGGACUGGCUUUCCAAAUAUCAUGCGACCAUAUUGUGCUCUAAAAGGGAAAUAGUUUGUAGGAGUCCUGAAGGGCUAGAAGUUCACCAUUAUGUGGUAGAAAUGGAACACCCCCCUUGUGACAUUUCGGCAAUAAAGGUUAAGAAGCUAUUAUGGUCGAAAGGCUGUAUUGGAUUCUUAAUGUCAGUAGUAGUGAAGGGAGGUGACGAAUUGGUAGUGAAUGAUGUUAAGGUAGUCAAGGAUUUCCUAGAAGUAUUCCCUGAUGAUCUGAUCGAAAUGCCUCCAGAACAAGAAGUAAAGUUCACUAUUGAUCUAGUUCUUGGUUCUGCACCAAUUUCUAAAUCUCCUUAUAGGAUAGCUCCAAAGGAGUUACAAGAGUUGAAAACUUAA